AUGAAUUUAGGAUGGCUACUGAAGAUUCCAAUGCGAAAACAUUCAAACAGGAAAAUAAUUGUAUAUGAAAAUAGCAUGGCUUCGUUUUACUCUAGGACGUUUGAAAUAAUUGAAGAGCAUAUUUCUACCAUAUCCAAUAAUGAACAUCAUAGAGAUGGAUUAGUAGAGUAUAUAGAAAUGUUAUCAUAUUUUCAAAUCUCUAAUGAAGAUCAUGAGAAAAAAGAAGAAAUUAAUAGACAAAGGCAAAGCUUACUUAAGAAAUUUAGAUCCCUAACCUUAAUUAGUAUUUCAAAAGUAGAAAAAGACAAUAGGAAAAUAUUGAAAUCUUAUCAUGGAGUAUUACAUCUUUUAGAUUUGAUUGGUUUUGGUGUAAAUCCUUAUGAAAUGGUUUUAAAAAAAUGGUUAAACACCAAUUGUAUGAUAAUUAGUGAUGUAGAAAGACAUGCCAUAAGAGGAAAUUUCGAAAAAGUGAUCGAAGCAUAUCCCUAUUUAAACGAGGCUAUUAAUAAUUAUUUAAACUUAAGGAAGACGUCAGGAAAUGAAUACAGGAAAUUAUUUGCGUCUUGGAAGAUCAAAUAUUUUAAAAUUAUUCCCAAUAAUUUAAAGGAAAUUCUUUUUCAUAAUAUUAACGGGGAUGGUAUUGACUGGAUUGAUCAUAUUUGCUAUAAAUCGUUUUGUAUGAACACACAAAGGAAUGGGAUCGAUCUUAUAAAUAGGGAAGAUGAAAUCGGAAUGAUAUUAACACAUAAUUAUGAUGCACUAAUAGAACGUUCUAAAGGAUGGAUUAGACUAGUAUUAUUGUUCGUUUGCCCUCAUACAAAAUUUGAUUUAUUUCCAAGAGCAUUUGAAUCUAUCGGGAAAUUCCUAUAUUUAUCAGAUUAUCGCUUAUCUUUGAGAUUUUUUUCGUACACAGAGAAACUAAUCUUAUACUUUAAUCACUUUUCCUGUAAGUUUUCUAAAAGUCUUUCGGAUUUAGAAUUCUUGGUUGAGUAUUCCAAAAAAAAUAAUAUUAAUGGAAAUUCUUUGUUAAAAGAGUACUGCCAAAAUCUUCUUUCUAAUCAAGAGUAUUAUAAUCUUUUUUAUGUUAUAUCUAAAUAUGAGCUCUGCGAUAUAAACAUAAAUUCCGAGUUUAUAGAAUUCUGUAUUAGAAAUACAACAAUACUAACUGAAAACUUCACUAAAACAUCGUAUGGAAUUUUUAUUGGAAACUUUAGGAGAUUUCUUAGUGGAAUAAAAGUUGGUGAAGGUGAAAUUAUAGCAUUGAUAAAUUCAGAUUAUUUUUCAGCUCUAGAUAGUAGAACAUUUGAAAUAAUACUAGAGAACAGAUGCAUUACUGUGAACAUGCUUUAUAAGCUUUUAGAAGGAAUGUUAAAUGUGGAAAGAAAAGGGAAGUCUAAUCCCAUAUUGAAAAGCAAAAAAGCUUUAGUUCUCAAUAAGUUAGCGGAAUCUACAGGUCUCGGGAAGGACAUAUCAAUUUAA